UUCAGCGGCGCCUCGAGGAAGUGUUUGUGUUCAGGAUGUUAUCACGGUAGCUCCGCAGUAAAUCUGUGCUGAGAGCCUGCUCCACUAACUGUCCAAGUCCGGGCCGUCGCUGGCAGCGCGCUGUCAUGUCGUUACUGUGUGUCAGAGUAAAGAAAGCCAAGCUCCAUGGAUCGCCAGAUAAGUUCAACACCUACGUGACGCUGAAGGUGCAGAAUGUUAAAAGCACAACUAUCACGGUGCGCGGGGACCAGCCCUGCUGGGAGCAAGAUUUCAUGUUUGAGAUCAACCGGCUGGACCUCGGCCUUAUUGUUGAGGUGUGGAACAAAGGCCUCAUCUGGGACACCAUGUUGGGCACCGCCUGGAUUCCUCUCAAGAGCAUCCCACAGUCAUCAGAGGAGGGCUCAGGUGAGUGGAUAUUCCUGGAUGCUGAGGUCCUGAUGAAAGAAGACGAGAUAUGCGGCACCAAGAACCCGACGCCUCAUCGAGUCCUGCUGGAUACUCGCUUUGAGCUGCCUUUUGAUAUCCCAGAUGAUGAGGCGCAGUAUUGGACCGGCAAGCUGGAGCGCAUCAACACCAUGGGACUGCAUGAUGAGGAUGACGCUCAGAGCCGCCCGCUGCCAUUUGCAGCUUCCCAGUGCUCGUUGGAUGACCAGGACAGCGCAGUGGAGGACCGGGAUAGCGACUACCGCAGUGAGACCAGCAACAGUUUGCCUCCACGUUACCACACGACAGCUCAGCCCAACUCGUCCAUGCACCAGUACCCCAUGGGGCCGCGGGCACAGCAUCACCAAGACAGCUGCAGAGACUCUGACCACAGCUUUGACCUGGACUACAGGGACCAGAGAGGACCCAGUCCAGCGGAAAGUAGCCACUUUGGGUCAUCAGGAAACCUGAGCCAGACCAGCUCCCAGGUUAGUGAGAUUGGCCACGAGAGCACUGGAGGGUCAGAACUGGAGGAGUCCUUCCACUCCUACCAUAGUACUGGCUUCCACCCCUCCACCACCGGACAGCCACGCACAAACAGGCAUCCUCCACCCAUCGAACACUCUACCGUUAGCAAGCAGGAGAGACAAAGGCUGCCCUCCGAAGUAGGAAAGGGCUUAAGAAAUGACGUUCUACCAGCGAGAGGAUCUUCUAAACCCCCAAGAUUGCAUUACGAUGGGCCGCCAUUACCUUUUAACCCAGCCAGAGUUCGUUGGUUAAAGGCCAUCAAUAAAGUCAGAGUUCAGCUCCGGGAGGUUCGAGAUGAGGAACCCCAUGCUAGACAGGCCUGGGCCGAACCAGGUUCCACAUCUGGUCUGUAUGGAAUUGACAGCAUGCCCGACCUGCGUAAGAAGAAGCCUAUCCCUCUGGUCAGCGAUGUGUCCCUUGUCCAAGCCAGGAAGGCAGGAAUCGCAUCUGCUAUGGCAGCACGGUCCUCAAUCAAGGACGAGGAGCUGAAAAACCACGUAUACAAGAAGACCCUGCAGGCUCUCAUCUACCCCAUAUCGUGCACUACGCCGCAUAACUUUGAGGUGUGGACAGCCACCACGCCCACCUACUGCUAUGAGUGCGAGGGGCUGCUGUGGGGAAUUGCCCGCCAAGGCAUGCGCUGCUCCGAGUGUGGAGUCAAGUGCCAUGAAAAGUGCCAAGAGCUGCUGAACGCUGACUGUCUGCAGCGUGCUGCGGAGAAGAGCUCUAAGCAUGGAGCUGAAGACCGAACUCAAAACAUCAUCAUGGCCAUGAAGGACAGGAUGAAGAUCAGGGAAAGGAACAAACCAGAGAUCUUUGAGCUCAUCAGAGAAGUGUUUGACAUCAGCAAAACCGUUCAUGCACAGCAGAUGAAGAUCAUCAAACAGAGCGUGUUGGACGGUACCUCAGGGUGGUCAGCCAAGAUCACGAUCACAGUUGUUUGUGCACAAGGACUUCAGGCCAAAGACAAGACGGGAUCCAGUGAUCCAUAUGUCACUGUCCAGGUGGGCAGGACCAAGAAGAGAACCAAGACCAUUUACGGCAACCUCAAUCCAGUCUGGGAGGAGAAAUUCCACUUUGAGUGCCACAAUACUUCAGAUCGAAUCAAAGUGCGCGUGUGGGACGAAGACGAUGACAUCAAGUCCAGGGUGAAGCAGCGUCUCAAGAGGGAGUCUGAUGAUUUCCUGGGCCAGAGCAUCAUUGAAGUUCGAACGCUAAGCGGAGAAAUGGAUGUCUGGUACAAUCUGGAGAAGAGGACGGACAAGUCCGCUGUGUCAGGUGCCAUUCGCCUUCAGAUCAACGUGGAGAUCAAAGGAGAGGAGAAAGUGGCUCCGUAUCACAUACAGUACACCUGUUUGCAUGAGAACCAGUUCCACUAUACAACCGAUGUUCUCGGUCAAGGUGUGGUGAAAAUCCCAGAGGCCCGUGGAGACGAUUCGUGGAAAGUCUACUUUGAUGAUGUGCCACAGGAAAUAGUGGACGAGUUUGCCAUGCGCUACGGGAUUGAGUCCAUCUACCAGGCCAUGACGCACUUCGCCUGUCUGUCAUCCAAGUACAUGUGUCCUGGAGUUCCUGCAGUGAUGAGCAGCCUCCUGGCCAACAUCAACGCCUUCUACGCCCGCACAACCGCUUCCAACAACGUGUCCGCCUCCGACCGCUUCGCCGCUUCAAACUUUGGAAAAGAACGCUUUGUCAAGCUUUUAGACCAGUUACACAACUCCCUCCGCAUUGACCUGUCAACCUAUAGGAACCACUUCCCUGCCAGCAACAAGGAUCGCCUGCAAGAUCUGAAAUCCACUGUGGACCUUCUAACCAGCAUCACCUUCUUCAGGAUGAAGGUCCAGGAAAUACCGUCUCCACCCAGAGCCAGCCAGGUUGUGAAGGACUGUGUCAAGGCCUGUCUCAACUCCACAUACGACUACAUCUUCAACAACUGCUACGAGCUGUACAGCAGACAGUACCAACCUUUGGAGACGAACAAGGAGGAGCUCCCGUUGGAGGAGCAGGGUCCGAGCAUCAAGAACUUGGACUUCUGGCCCAAACUCAUCAUGCUUAUCGUCUCCAUCAUUGAAGAAGACGGGAACUCCUACGGACCUGUGCUCAACCAGUUCCCUCAAGAACUUAAUGUGGGAAAAGUGUCAGCGGAGGUCAUGUGGACACUGUUUGCUCAAGACAUGAAGUAUGCUAUGGACGAGCACGAGAAGCACCGACUGUGUAAGAGCACAGACUACAUGAACCUGCACUUCAAGGUCAAGUGGCUCUACAAUGAAUACGUCAAGGACCUGCCAGCGUUUGAGUCGACGGUUCCCGAAUACCCAGCAUGGUUUGUACAGUUUGUGCUCCAGUGGUUGGACGAAAAUGAAGACGUGUCGAUGGAGUUCAUGCAUGGAGCCCUGGAGAGAGACAAAAAAGAUGGAUUCCAGCAGACGUCUGAGCACGCUCUGUUCUCCUGCUCUGUGGUGGACAUCUUCACCCAGCUCAACCAGAGCUUUGAGAUCAUCAAGAAGCUGGAAUGUCCCGAUCCUGACGUCACGGCUCAGUACACUCGCCGCUUCUCCAAGACAAUAACCAAAGUUCUUCUGCAGUACAGUGCCAUUCUGACCAAGAGUUUCCCUUCUUAUGUUGACAAGGAGAAGAUUCCCUGCGUCCUAAUGAACAACGUACAGCAGCUAAGAAUCCAGCUGGAAAAGAUGUUUGAGUGGAUGGGUGCCAAACAGAUGGACUCGGAGGCCAGUGACUUACUGAAUGACCUGCAAGUGAAGCUGAACAACGUGCUGGACGAGCUCACCAUUACAUUCGGGACCAGUUUCCAGAGCCGCAUCAACGACUGCAUGCGACAGAUGGCGUCGCUGCUGUACCAGAUCAAGGGGCCGCUCAACGCCAACACCAAGGCUCAGGUGGACGGCGACUCUGACAACAUGCUGCGGCCGCUCAUGGACUUCCUGGAUGGAAAGCUCACGCUGUUUGCUACCGUUUGUGAGAAGACCGUGCUGAAGCGUGUGCUCAAGGAGCUGUGGAGGAUUGUAAUGAGCAACCUGGAGAAGACCAUCGUGCUGCCACAGAGCAACGACACCUUUGGAGCACAGUUAUUCUCAGCUGCAAAAGAACUGGGUCAGCUCUCCAAACUCAAGGAUCACAUGGCGGGGGAGGCUCGAAGCCUGUCCCCCAGGCAGUGUGCUGUCAUGGACGUGGCACUGGACACGAUCAAGCAAUACUUCCAUGCAGGAGGAAACGGGCUGAAGAAGGCGUUUCUGGACAAGAGUCCGGAGCUGUCGUCACUGCGUCACGCGCUGUCCCUCUACACUCAGACCACGGACACCCUCAUCAAGACAUUUGUGACUUCACAGCAUGCACAAGUGCACAAUGGAAAGGGUAUUAGGUUAACUCCCAAUGAAAAAGUACAGCCCAGCAGGGGCUCAGGCGUGGACAAUCCCAUCGGCGAGGUGUCCCUUCACAUCGAGCUGCACACUCAUCCCUCCAGUGGAGAGCGGAAAGUUACUGUGAGAGUUGUGGUGGCCCGCGAUUUGAAAUGGCAGACGUCCGGUAUGUUCCGGCCCUUCGUGGAGAUCACCAUGAUCGGGCCGCACCUCGCUGACAAGAAACGCAAAUUCCAGACCAAGUCCAAGAACAACAGCUGGUCUCCCAAGUUCAACGAAACCUUCCACUUCAUCCUGGGCUCCGUCAACGGCUUCGAGUGCUACGAGCUGCAGACCUGCGUCAAAGACUACUGCUUCGGCCGCGCUGACCGAGUGGUGGGUUUGGCCGUGAUGCAGCUGAAGGACGUCAUGGAGACGGGCAACUGCGCCUGCUGGUGCCCGCUGGGCCAGCGCAUACACAUGGACGACAAGGGCCUGACGGUCAUGCGGAUCCUCUCCCAGCGCUCCAACGACGACGUGGCCAAGGAGUUCGUGAAGCUGAAGUCGGAGAGUCGCUCGGCGGAGGAAGGCAGAUGAGGACUGAGGCUUUCUAAUCAGUCGAAUAAGAGAAAGCCUGUGUGUGUUCAAAGGCAGGGAUUAUUCCAGAACAGGCCCGUGCCGACUCCUUCUUCGACCUUUGAUGUGUCUUAGCUGCUGUUGACCAUUUGGUGGCGCUCUGCCGAGCUCGCCGACACGCCGUCACGUCCUCCAACACUCAGAUCACCCAGUGAGCUGCUGCACAGCACGGAGCCCCUGAAGCUGUCUCACCGGCUGGACCACCUAACCUCCUCGUCACCCCGUUCCUCAUCAGCUGGAGGCACAGCGAGCACGCCAGAGCCUGGAGGGAGCAGAGGAUGCCAGGCGCCCCCCACCUCACCUCCCUGGUGUUGUUGUGCAAUAGCCCCCACCCCCC